AGUCAACUUCACACUCGCUCAUUCUCUUCUGCUGCUCACUUUUCUGCUUGCCUUCUUCUCAUCAUUCGCACUCUCGUCGUGACGUCAAACUGACUUUCGGAAAUAUAUAUCCUCCCUCCCCAAGUUUCCGAACCCUUGCAAUAAAAUAAAUAAAUACAGAAGUUUUCGUCAAUCCUGAAUCUGACAAAAUCGCUCAACCCUACUUUUUUGUUUGUUUACUUUUCUCGCCUGCUGGACUGGGCAUCAAUUGGAUUACAGAGUAAUUUCUAGAGGACGACGACGACGGUGCUGCUGCUGGCGUAGCAUCGAACAUGUCGAAAAAUAUUAAAAAUCUAACCCUGCCCAUCGCCGCGACCACGACGACGAACGGAUCAUUGGAAUUGCCCUCGCCCAAACAUCCCAACGACGUCUCAUCCACGGAGCAUCUUGAACUGCAACUCUCCAAAUUGGAACUAGACGAACAACAACGGCAGCGAAUGAAGAGUUUCUUGUCGCAAAAGCAGAAAGUCGGUGAACUUUGUGAAGACGAUUUUGAAAAGAUUGGCGAGUUGGGGGCCGGAAAUGGGGGCGUGGUCACCAAAGUGCUCCACAAACUUAGCGGUCUCAUCAUGGCGAGGAAGGUAUUUGAACAGAAAUUGAUGAUCCACUUGGAGGUCAAGCCUGCCGUGAAGAAGCAGAUAAUUCGAGAGUUGAAGAUUCUCCACGAGUGCAACUCCCCCUUCAUUGUGGGAUUUUACGGGGCGUUCUACUCGGACGGCGAGAUUUCCAUUUGCAUGGAGUACAUGGACGGAGGAUCGCUCGACCUCGUUAUUAAACGCUACGGCCGCAUUCCGGAAAGUAUUCUCGGCCGCAUCACUUCCGCCGUGCUCAGAGGACUCGCGUACCUCCGGGAUAAGCACAACAUCAUUCACAGGGAUGUCAAACCUUCAAAUAUUUUGGUAAACUCGCGGGGCGAGAUCAAAAUCUGUGACUUUGGCGUUUCCGGUCAACUUAUCGAUUCCAUGGCUAACUCCUUCGUGGGUACGAGGUCCUACAUGUCGCCGGAACGACUUCAAGGGACGCACUACUCGAUAGCGAGUGAUAUUUGGAGUCUGGGGUUGAGUCUGGUCGAAAUGGCGGUCGGUGGCUACCCCAUCCCACCAGCUGGUCAUUGCAGCGAAACCAGGAAUGCAGCUCCUGGCGCGAUGGCGAUUUUCGAGCUGUUGAACUACAUCGUGAACGAACCACCCCCAAAACUGCCACCGAAUCAGUUUUCCCCCGAGUUUGAGGACGUUGUUAACCGUUGCCUCCAAAAGGACCCCAACGCCCGAGCGGAUCUCAACACGUUGAUGAACGACCGCUGGGUGAGGCGCUGGGAGGACGCAAACAUUGACAUGUCGGGCUGGGUGCAGAAAACGAUGGAAAACCAGACUCCCUCUGACAAGAGCAGCGGAUGAAGCGUCUCUGACGGAAUCUACCUCACGGGAUAUUCAGACUUAUUAAUUACUUAGCUGUAGCCAAGACCCCAUGCUUCCAGAUAAAAAUAACCGAUAUAUUUAAACUUUAUGCACAAAACCUCGAAAGCCUGCUUAUCUGCACUAGAAAAAUUAUCGUAGAUUUUAGUCUAGUCUUCUGUUUCCUCUCGUGUCUAGUGACUAACUAAAAAAAUAAUACUAAAUAUUUAAUUGUGACAACAUUUAUAUCAACUUGAACUAAAUUGCUAACGAAAGGUAGGAGAAAAUUAAUUAUCAGAAUUCUUUAUCGUCUCGUACUUACACACGUAGUCUGAAAACCACAUCUAACGAAGCACACACAAUGAAGAUUUCCUUUAAUAAUGAGGACGACGCCGGAAUAGUGACGAAUUGUAGUGACUUAUUAUUAUUAGUGUCUGUACUGUAGUGGUCUAAAUUUUACUGGAAUUCAGUGUGUAACAGUCAGUAAUUAAAUUAAUUGAAUAAUUAACUUUAACUAAUCCAAGCCUUUAUCUUACCCAAUUUCUUACCAGACUUGAAACAAAUUCUGUCUCGUUUUUCUUUAAAAAAGUUUCAUGGUCCCAUUUUUGAAAGUUGUUAAAUUAUAAAUUUCCCAAUUUGAAUUUCUUCCCCCUUUCAAAAAUCGAACUGCCUUCUCUUCAACCAACUAAAAAUGUCUGUCUAUCUGUCUGUACUGUACCAA